GCCUUACUUAUUAUAAUGAACCUGGUCCAUUGGAAAUGAAGUAUAUUAUGAACGUGCACACCACACACACAUACGCACACACACAUGUACCUACACACACAUACAAAAUCUAGUAGUUAUGUAUAUUAAUGUAUAUAUAAUCUAUAUUUGAUAUAUUAAGAUUGGGUCUUGUGUGUCUUGUUUAAGUAGUAACACCAUUCUCCCAUAAGUAGUAAUAUUUUGUGAGUAAGCCUAGAUUUGAUUUGUUAACGUUAGUGUCUAUCAUCAAUUGGGGGGAAUAUACAACAACUUUGUUUCAUUCUUCAAUCAAUAAUAUUCAAAACUAGAUUAGGAGAAGUUGAACAACUCCUUUAAAUUAUAUUUUGUGAAAGGAAUAAUUGUAUUUUAUCCUUAUCUUAUCCUUUAUACUUUAUACCAAUAAUUAAAACAUUAAACUAUAUUGGAUAUUAAAUAUUAUUUACAUAAAUCUAUACAAUAAUACCCUACUAAUUAUAAAAUGGGUUGUACACUAUCUAAAGAAGAGCGUGAUGCUCUUGAACAAAGUCGAAAUAUAGAUAAAAAACUUAAAGAAGAUGGAAUGCAAGCUGCAAAAGAUGUGAAACUACUUCUCUUAGGUGCCGGUGAAUCAGGAAAGAGCACAAUCGUCAAACAAAUGAAAAUUAUUCAUGAAGGUGGAUUUACACAAGAAGAUAAUAAACAGUAUAAACCGGUGGUUUAUAGUAAUACCAUUCAAUCGAUGGUUGCAAUUCUCAGAGCAAUGAACACUCUUGGAAUUCAAUUCGGUGAUAGUGAACAAGGAUCAAAACUGACAUUGUGUUAUUUGAAAAUUCCACCUUUCUCUUUUAGUUUUCUUGAUGAUUUGGAUCGUCUUGGUGCUAAAGAUUAUAUGCCAACCGAACAAGAUAUUCUUAGAACUCGUGUCAAAACAACUGGUAUCGUGGAAGUACACUUUCAAUUUAAAAAUAUGAAUUUCAAACUUUUUGAUGUGGGUGGACAACGAUCGGAGCGUAAAAAAUGGAUUCAUUGCUUUGAAGAUGUGACAGCAAUUAUUUUCUGUGUUGCUAUGAGCGAAUACGAUCAAGUGUUACAUGAAGAUGAGACAACAAAUCGUAUGCAAGAAUCAUUAAAAUUAUUCGAUUCAAUCUGUAAUAAUAAAUGGUUCACUGAUACAAGUAUUAUUUUAUUUUUAAAUAAAAAAGAUCUAUUCGAAGAGAAGAUCAAACGUUCCCCAUUGACUAUUUGUUUCCCAGAAUAUCCAGGUAAACAAACGUAUGAAGAAGCGGCUAUUUAUAUUCAAGCGUCAUUCGAAGCAAAAAACCGAUCACCUAACAAAGAAAUCUAUUGUCAUCAAACAUGUGCAACUGAUACAAAUAAUAUUCAGUUUGUGUUCGAUGCUGUUACCGAUGUGAUUAUAGCAAAUAAUCUUAAAGGAUGUGGUUUGUAUUAAUUGACUGAUUGUUUUAUUUAUUUGUUUGUCUGUUUAUUUUCUUUGUUCUAUGUUUCCUUUCUUUGUUUGAUAUUUGUCUAUUAUUAUUGGUCGUGUUAAUUUAUGUAUGGUUUCUUUUUGGUGCAGUUAUUCAUCAUUCAGUUGAGUACAUAUCUUUCUUUUUCUCUCUCGAUUACUGCUUAAGAAUCAUGUUGUACACUUGCAUAGAACCUGUGAGCGAGUGUAAGAUGCACGUCUACAAUGCAGAAAGUAUUUUCACAAAUAACACAUUAUAUAAUAAUACUAAUAAUCGUACAAUUAUAAUUCACAUUCGUUUCUUAUUUGUUGUGAAAUACCUUUUUAUCUUAUCUUUUCUUUGUGUUCCCUUUUUGUUUUGUUCUCCCGUUUGUAAUCUACAAAAGAAUAGUUGUAUAAUCGAAUGCUUUUACAUUUCUCUUCUCUCAAUGUUAAUACUUACCUUGAGACACACAGAUACACUUGCUUAACAAUUUCAUAAAUAACUAGAAUACACAUUUUUUAAAUAACACAUACGAGUGAUGUAAGUGGAUUUUAUCUGUUCAAUGCCUAAAAUUAAAUAUAUCAAAUGUUGAAACAGGCAAAGCAAUUCAUUAGUAAUAAUAAUGAUGAUAGUUCCAUUCGACUAUGUCUCUGUCUCUCUUUCUCUCUCAAACAUUUUUGUAUGUAAAAUCUUUUUUAAAUUAUAGUACUCUAAUCGGAAACAAUGAUAGAAGUAGCGGAUAGUUCAAAUGAUGAUCAAUAUUUCGUAUCAUGUUGUUGUUGUUGUUGUUAUGGAACGAGAAUAGAUAAGUAACUAAAUAAACUAUGUGCUGCCAUGUUUUGUUGCUUCUACUAAAUUUAUGAAAUGAUUAUUAUUUAAUGCUUUCCUUUUGUAUGUAUGUAUGUAUUUAUGUAUGCUUGUGUUUUUCUACUCACUAUUUUUAACGCUUUGUGCUUUGACACAAAUAAUGUAUUUUGAAAUAAAAUAUAUUUACAACAAUACUAAAGUUUGAUAAGGUGGAAUAAACUAUUAUCUACAUUGUUUCAUUGUUAUGUAAUUGAAUUCACUGAAGAGUGGAGGGGAAUACGGUAAACAUUUGUACUCAUUCUUAUUUGCAUAACUUCAUUUUGUCACUAUUCAAAUACUAUGAUCAUAUCUUUUGAGUUCAUCCGUUUGAAUAAACAGAGAAAAAAAAACUACUCUCUAGUGUUGGAUUUUCCAAUAAAAAUUCAAGAAAAAAAAUGACAUUUCUCCAUAUGUGAAUUAGGGAAAUAAAUCAAUUUUUUUCUAUUCACUAUAUUGUUUUCCAUUCUGUCUUCUAAUAUCCUGUUUUUUUUCUCUCGAUAGUAUGUAUUUUUGUGCCACACGGUUUUGUGUGUGUGUGUCUCUCUUUCUCUCUCUAGCGUUAAUCUCUGAUUGCAUAAUCUCAUUUUGUGUUUCUUUUCCAAGUAAACUAUGGUCACCUUGUAUUUUCUCUUUCAUGUCUUGCCGAUUUUAAUUCCUCAAUCUGUUAUCUAUUAUUAUUACUAUACUACUGUCCACCAUGACAAGGCAACAUACAUUCUCAAUUCAUAAAUGUGCUUUUCUCUGCUCCAUAUACAACUUAUUACUAUAUCGACAUGUGCAGAUAUGAAUGUAUUGAUACGCAGUAUAUAGAUAUAUAUGCACACAUGCAGUAAACAUUUGAAUUUUACGCCUAACGCUUACAUUCAUGGUUGCAUGUGCGCCAAUGACUAAAUCUAUUGUAUUCAAUUGUAGUCUUGUCUUAUAAAUAUAAACGUUUGGUACUUAACUAUGUAUUUCAUUUUUCUUCAGUUCUAUUUUAAUUCUUCUUAUCUUAAUUCUUGAAGGUGUAUGUGUAUGUAAAUGCAAACUCAUAAACAGGCCUGUUGGUCAAAAUCGCAUAAACAUAUGUUAUACACUGCUUCAUUUCAUUGUUUUUUUUUCGACGAAUAUUAUUACUGCUCUCUGUUAUUGCUGCUUUAAUUCAAAUGUAUCAUGUCUCUUGCAGUCGCGUCUUUAGUUUGUGCGAUAUAUUUUCCUCUAAAACAUGUGUUUCGACACAGCUUUUCUCACACUUUAACUUAUGUGCAUCAAUGGAUCCUCAUAUAAAAUAACUUCGUUCUCUGUGUGUACGUGUGAAGAAUGAGCUAUUUGACGACGGAUGCUUUCUUUACAGAAAGCAAUGGUUUUACUAACUGAAUAGUUCUGCUUCAUUUUUGUUAAAUGUCUUCUAAUGCGUUUAAUAUUUUCUGGCUAUUAUGUAUUACUUUUUUUUCUAUCUCAUACUCUAUUUCAUUUCGCGUAUUACUUGUGGUGUUCACAUUUUCUGACUUGCGCCCACCUCCCUCUCUUCGCUCAUUCUUUUGGUCUACAAUUCCCUCUUGUCAAAAUUCUGUUUUGUUUGACUAAACAAUAUAUAAUUAUGUAUAUUGUUUGCCUUUGAGAUAAGACAGCGAUAACAGAUAGUAACUACUACUAGUGAUAAUAACAAUAAUAACAGUAUCGAAUACAGUAAUUUGUUUUUUGUUCCCGAAUAUCUGUUGACUGUUAAGUUGUAUAUUAGGAAUGUACACAUGUAUGUGCAUUUAAUUCUCUUAUUGGUGACUUGAGGUUUUGUUGAUUUAGCUAGCUGUAGUCGGGAUCGGUCAUAUUUGUUCGAGACACUAAAUGAUUAUGUAUUCCAUCUGUCACUUGUAUUUAUUGUUAGAGAUGAGUAUGAUACCUCACGGACAUCAUUUAUUGGGAUGCUUUUUAAACUGUCAGCUUUAUAUUUAAAUACCUAGACAUUGGUACAAGAAGACACCGAAUACAUAUGCGCCACACAAUCCAUACGAUAUGUGUGAGGGCUGAAAUACUACCUGGGAGCCCGAACUGAAACAGCUUCUUUUCUCAGGCCACUCCCCGAACCUUUGACCUAUCGACCUAAUCCACAAGGCAGUGGAGCAAAGUUAGGAGAUGCAGUCCCGUGAUAGUGGGUGACCAACAAAAGGUUCAUACGCCAUUUGUUCCCUGGGGCCCAUGUGCACCAUUGGUUUGGGACAAGGGCCUUCCAACUCCCCUAUGUUGACCCUUCGUGUCCACCAACCCGGUUAAAGCGCCAGACAUCCGCUUAGAAUUGUUUAAUAAAUUGUGGCUUGAAGGUUAUCUCUAUCGACAUAGUAUGAGAUAUCACUUCUUUGGUAGAUAGACUUAAUUCCUGCUACGAACCAGUGACAUUUGGACACUUAGUGAGAUAAGAGUUUAGCUUACUGAGAAGAUUGCAGAAUGAGAACUUACAUCCAAACCAAUAUAAUAGUUCGGCUAGAUUCAACCUAACUUUUGAGGUGAGUCAUUCAGAACUCAACAAUAAAGAUUGUAACUCUCACUUCAUAUCUGUUGAUCUCAUAUGAUUUGAUUUAGUCUUAUUUGCUAUCUAAAAUACAGCCUACUUACCAGUAGAAAACCAAGGAGGUCUCGAUUUUAAUAUCCGAUGAAAAAUACACACAACAGUAAUGAUAAGAUUCUGACAUUAAAAAUGGAGUCCAUUCAUCCAUAAUGUGGUGUGGCAACUCGAACUGAUGUACGUACGUACGAAGUUCUACGUUGUUACUGACUGACUCAUACUACCAAGGAAGCUCGUUACUGAUAGUUGGUUCAAGAUCGGAUCACUCAUCCUCGUACUGGAGGUUUCCCUCUAGCUAAUUCGUUUACCGGUAACAGGUCGUUAUUUAAGACAAUAAUUUCACGUAUUAGUUGGGUUUUAAAAUACUUUCCCAAUGUAAACGAUCAUUAAUUUAUGAAGUAUUCCAUGUAUUUCGUCAUAGGCUGCACUUCCUUGACCCUUCCAAAGUUAAGAUUAACGUUUGCAAAUCUCUUGACGAAAAUGUUGCAUCCCAAGCGCUGAGUGGUUAGUAUUUUAAUACUUCGUGAUAUACUCCGAAAAUUUAGUUCAUCAUAAUCAUGCAUAAGGUACUUUAGAUUCUUAAUUGACCUACUAGUCUGUGCCGUGGGAUGAAGCUUAAGGUAACACAGACAACAAAAACAACUUUUUUUACAUUUUUAUCUUAUUAGCAAUAACUGCAAUCAUUUCUGACGAUGGGGUACUUGGCUCUUACCAUUAGCAAUAAAAUACUGAGCGGCUUUUGGAUGCAAGGUUUUUGAAAAAUCUGACGAUGACUGCUUUUUUACAUGACUUGAGUCAGAACUAAUUAAGAAGCUGGGUGUUACCACUGGUUGUGAGCGAUUGUGUGGUAUCACUGUCGACCGAACAGUCACCUGACAGCCUCAGCUCGUAUGGGUUGCGGUCCACAAAUACAGAGCACAAUAUGGUAUGGUGUAUACGUAUGGAGACUGAUAAGCAUCAAGAUGCCCGAUCGAAGCUGCUACCUUGACGCGGUGGUCGGGCUUGCCUAUCGUGAUGACCCAACCGAGCUAUAUUGGCUGGAACAUAUGUUCCUGUAGGUUCUACCAUGCCAGGCAGGUCGAUUGGUGAACGGUAAGACUAAAAGCAGCAACUCAAGGUCUGAGGGCGAAGUCGUACUGCUGACUGUAGAGGGGUGUGACAGCAGUAAGGUGUUUCCUUCGGACAACCGGCAUGACAGCGAUGCUGCCUUCCCACAAGGAGGGGUGGGGUUAGGAAAGGUCGACCCUAAAAAUGUCACACCUCACGGAUUUCCAUCUCCGGCGGUAAGGCCCUUUGAAGAACGGAGCUAACACGUCAAAAACCUUCCACAAAAAAGCCGUGCGCGACCGGCCUCAAGCAGUUGUCCCUUGGGCUCUGCGGUCACGCUUCCAGGUCGUCAAGACCAACACUAAUCCAAUUUCCUUUUCAGGUUCCUCAAGAAAUACCCUUCCACGGUGUGGGCAGCCGGGAAGUGACAUCAGCCCUCAUACCCGUAACAGCACGAGACCAAGGUGGUCACAUUCAAAUCCUUCCUACACCUCCUAAUACCUCUCUUAUCUCCAUGACUAACCCUUCUCACGUCUCUUUAUCAUCUCGCACCGCUAGAGCAAACGAUUCGACUGACUGAAGCAUCAAGAUGCCCAGUGAUAGUCAGAACUGUUCUCAUUAAGAUUAGGUUGACAAAUACUUGGAGUUUGCCUGGAGAUGUGGCUUCUGCAGCUUAGUGACUUACAUCGAUGGUUUCAGACUUAUAAGCGCCGCACAACACUCCAAAGCGCUAUCACACCUACUCCCUUACCGCUGCACAGAUGGUCUGGUCCCAUUUGCUUCAUUGCUUCCAUGAGCCUGAUGUAUAUAAAUGUAUCACACUACUUAAUCUAUUUUCUCCUUGAUACCAUAUAUGGAAUCCUAGCAUAUUAAUGAGCUUAUGGGAUUGAGUGAUUUAACCCCGCUUACUACCUAACAAGAUUUUGAUGUCUGUGAAAUUGCGUGCGUGACAUGGUGAUGUACAUACCGUUUUCUCCAUACUCGUACUUUUAUAUCUAAGUCAUCUUGCUGCAUUGUUUCCGGUUUAAAACAAUGUUAUUAUUACGGAGCUUGUCAUUGGCUAAUAAAACACCUGGAACCCUAUAUUUACUGAUGUCUUUAUAAAAGACAUAAUUACUAACGUGGAUACGCUACGGCAAACUACUUGCCAUUCUAUAUAAUCUACUUAAAACAGCUAUAAAGGAAACCUUAAAUUUUAUUCCUCUGGAAGUUUGACGAACGAGACACUAUGUCCGAGGGGCGAAAGUUGACAAAUCAGACAUCUUUCGCUGGAAUUCAGAAACUAUGGUCGAGUAAUUGUUUAAUCUGAUGACACAAAAGCUCAAGGAUUAAGACAUCAGAUGGAUUAAACAAUGUAUCAAGCUGUAAGCUCUAAGGAAUAGUCAUGGUAAUUGAUUCUUCAAAAUUUAAUGGAGGUCUAACCUCGUUACUUUUGUAAACAUCGAUUCAGGUAAUCGAAACUAACAACGACACUACUAUGACAAUUAGGAAAGAUCGUAACCAGACACUCUUAAUGUGUAAUAUUUGCAAUGAGGUCGAUAACCGUAAAAAUAUUCAGAUGACAAGGCACCAAUUACUUAUUGAUAUAGUACUCACCGCAACACUCCCGUCCAGCAACAAAUUAGAUCGACCUAUAAACAGGAAGUGGAACGGACCACCUAAUUUAUGAUUAUGAGGAUUAUAGUGACUGAACGUCUAGGUGUCAGAGAAAAAGAAUAAAACGUGACUUAUCACCUAUGAAAAAUCUAAGAUGGAACACGUACUAGUUACAAAUAUCUUAAACUAGAUAUUAACUAUUAAUCACUAGUACCGCCUUCUGUGUGACCAAAAAUGGGAAAAUUUGAAAUCCACCGCAGCCACAGCUGUUGUGAUCUGAUCUAUAUGAUUAGUAUUGACAGCCCCAGUAACAAAGGAAAGGUAAAUCACUUGAGGUCGAUGGCCGUGGUUGCAGCAUUUUCCAUAAUUCAGUAAAAAUCUGCCCUCCAAAUAACACGACCUACACCAUAAUGAUGUGGAAGCUACUGAGUACCACUUUGAUUCUCACUGUUUCCAGAAAACCGUCGACAGAGAACUCGGGUUGGUAAUUAAAACAUCUGGGGCUUGUAGGUUAAUUCUUAAAAUAUAAAAAAUGUGAUUUACUUCGUGGAGGACGAGAAAUCUAUCAUAGGCUAAGGGAAACGGCAUUUCUUUGCCACGAAAGUCAGGGGGGUUUGUGUUGGAUACUUAGGGCACUAGUGACCAAAGGCUUGGAUGUGACGUGAUAAUCACGGGACAGGUACCCAUAAUGGAAAGUUUAACGAACUCAAUAAAAAUGCCCGCACUGGACUCCUUGGAUAACGGUAUUUACAAAGGCUUGGAGGUACUGUUGAGACAAUCAUGACUAUGAUGCAUACAGUACCAUACUGUCUGACUGACUUGGUGUAAUCACUAGUCAAUAUGCAGGAUUAGGAAAUAAAACCACUACGAAUCCCAUGACGAGGUCUUACUUCAACUAGCACCGUUUUGCUUAAAUUUGAUCACAGGUUCAUACGUAAACUUUUAUUGCUUGAAGUUGUAAUCUACUCAUAGUAGGAUCCGUAGAGGCCUUUGGUUGCUUGCUAGCGACCCUAGCUAAUCAGUCAGUCUAAUAAUAUGACACUGUACAUAUUAAGGUGAGGGCCAUAAAUUUAAAUACACAUACUACCAUAUAGCACAAGAAUAGAAACAAGUGAGGCUGUGUUAAGUACAAUACGUACGUUAUAUCCUGACGGUACAACACAAGGACAGUACUACAACGGAACAUUACUGUGACGUCAAACUUAAGGAAAUGAGAUUAAUAACAAUAACAAUUAAUCCAUGAUAACUUGUAUUAUUAGUCAAACUUCUUGAAGCCAAUUACAGAAGCAUACUGUCUAAAGCAUUGUCUGCACAUAUGUAGACCGUAUUUCCGGAUCAAACCAUGUCGAUUGGAACAAACACGACAGCAUCUACUGCCUUGACCAUAAUUCUUCGGACGUGAGUGCCAAAUGUUUUCGUGACCCAUGUCUAUACAGCAAUCCAGCUACUUACAGUGAAGACUAGCGCCUCCAGGUGAUUUUAAAC